GGCAAGCUGGGGAUGUGCUCUGUACACCUCUGCAGGACCUGAAAGCUUCGCUGUUGUGUUGUGGGAGUUUUUGUAGAUGUUCUGGAAAUGCAGGCGUGGACGUUGUGUACGUUUUGAUUAAAGCCAGGUGUGGCAACUGCUGUUGAAGCCUUUGUUCCAGGUACCCAAGGUGGGGAAGAGACUUGAGGUGAGGACGCCUGAGGACCCCACGGGAAAGAGCUGGCAGCCCUCGUCUUACCCUCUAGCCCUGCCCAUCUCAGCCCCAUGCCCCCUCCAGUCAACCCCGGGCCACAGGCAGUAAGCAGCGGGCACACGGGAGCCAAGGCCCUGUGACCAGGCCAAGGAGGCAGGAGCUCCACGGUCAGCCACCUGCCCCCCAUGGAGCUGAGGCCCUGGUUGCUAUGGGUGGUAGCAGCCGCAGGAGCCUUGGUCCUGCUGGCCGCUGAUGCCCGUUGCCAGAAGAUCUUCACUAACACGUGGGCUGUGCACAUCCCUGGAGGCCUGGCCGUGGCUGAUAGUGUGGCAAGAAAGCAUGGGUUCCACAACCUGGGCCAGAUCUUCGGCGACUAUUACCACUUCUGGCAUCGAGCAGUGACAAAGCGGUCCCUGUCGCCUCACCGCCCUCGGCACAACCGUCUGCAGAGGGAGCCUCAAGUGCGGUGGCUAGAGCAGCAGGUAGCAAAACGACGGACCAAACGGGACCUUUACCAGGAGCCCACGGACCCCAAGUUUCCCCAGCAGUGGUACCUGUCUGGUGUCACUCAGAGGGACCUGAACGUGAAGGAGGCCUGGGCCCAGGGCUACACAGGGCGUGGCAUUGUGGUCUCCAUCCUGGAUGAUGGCAUCGAGAAGAACCACCCAGACUUGGCAGGCAACUAUGAUCCUGGGGCCAGUUUUGAUGUCAAUGACCAAGAUCCUGACCCCCAGCCUCGGUACACACAGAUGAAUGACAAUAGGCAUGGCACACGGUGUGCUGGUGAAGUGGCUGCCGUGGCCAACAACGGUGUCUGUGGCGUGGGUGUGGCUUAUAAUGCCCGCAUUGGAGGGGUGCGUAUGCUGGAUGGCGAGGUGACAGAUGCAGUGGAGGCACGCUCACUGGGCCUGAACCCCAACCACAUCCACAUCUAUAGUGCUAGCUGGGGCCCUGAGGACGACGGCAAGACUGUGGAUGGGCCAGCCCGCCUGGCUGAGGAGGCCUUCUUCCGGGGGGUGAGCCAGGGACGUGGAGGACUGGGUUCCAUCUUUGUCUGGGCCUCAGGGAACGGGGGCCGGGAACAUGACAGCUGCAACUGCGAUGGCUACACCAACAGCAUCUACACGCUGUCCAUCAGCAGCGCCACGCAGUUUGGCAACGUGCCCUGGUACAGUGAGGCCUGCUCGUCCACACUGGCUGCCACCUACAGCAGCGGCAGCCAGAACGAGAAGCAGAUCGUCACCACUGACUUGAGGCAGAAGUGCACGGAGUCUCACACAGGCACCUCAGCCUCUGCCCCUUUGGCAGCCGGCAUCAUUGCUCUCACGCUGGAGGCCAAUAGAAACCUCACCUGGCGGGAUAUGCAGCACCUGGUAGUUCGGACCUCAAAGCCGGCGCAUCUCAAUGCCAAUGACUGGGCCACCAAUGGCGUAGGCCGUAAAGUAAGCCACUCCUACGGCUAUGGGCUCUUGGAUGCAGGUGCCAUGGUGGCCCUGGCCCAGAACUGGACCACGGUUGCUCCCCAGCGGAAGUGCAUUAUCGACAUCCUCACUGAGCCCAGGGACAUUGGCAAGCGUCUGGAAGUACGCAAAAUGGUGACGGCUUGUCUGGGUGAGCCCACCCACAUCACCCGGCUGGAGCACGCUCAGGCACGGCUCACCCUGUCCUACAACCGCCGUGGCGACCUGGCCAUUCACCUGGUCAGCCCCAUGGGCACCCGCUCCACCCUUCUGGCUGCCAGGCCACAUGACUACUCUGCAGAUGGGUUUAAUGACUGGGCUUUCAUGACAACCCAUUCUUGGGAUGAGGACCCGUCCGGGGAGUGGGUCUUGGAAGUUGAAAACACCAGUGAGGCCAACAACUACGGGACACUGACCAAGUUCACUCUCAUACUAUAUGGCACAACCCCUGAGGGGCUUCCCACACCUCCUGAGAGCAGCGGCUGCAAAACCCUCACAUCCAGCCAGGCCUGCGUGGUGUGUGAAGAAGGUUUCUCCUUGCACCAGAAAACCUGUGUCCAGCACUGCCCACCUGGCUUUACACCCCAAGUCCUUGAUACCCACUACAGCACCGAGAAUGACAUUGAGACUAUCCGGGCCAGUGUCUGUGCUCCCUGCCACGCCUCCUGUGCCACGUGCCAGGGCCCAUCCCCCACAGACUGCCUCAGCUGCCCCAGCCAUGCCUCCCUGGACCCUGUGGAGCAGACAUGCUCCCGGCAGAGCCAGAGCAGCCGAGAGUCCCCACCGGAGCAGCCGCCACAGCUCCCAGGGUUAAGCCCAGAGGUGGAGGCUGAGCCAAGGCCUGCAGCCGACCUGCCCUCUCAUCUACCUGAGGUGGUAGCUGUCCUCAGCUGCGUCUUCAUCGUGCUGAUAUUUGUCACCAUCUUCCUGGUCCUGCAGCUGCGCUCAGGCUUCAGCUUCCGGGGGGUGAAGGUCUACACCAUGGACCGGGGGCUGAUCUCCUACAGGGGGCUGCCCCCCGAGGCCUGGCAGGAAGAGUGCCCGUCCGACUCUGAGGAUGAGGCCCGGGGCGAGAGGACCGCCUUUAUCAAGGACCAGAGCGCCCUUUGAUGAGCCCGCUGCCAGCACCCCCUCUAGCCCAUCCCUCCUCGGGCACUUUUUAAUUCACCAAAGUAUUUUUUUAUCUUGGGACUGGGCUUGGGCCCCAGCUGGGAGGCACGGGGUUGGGGGCAGAGACUGCUUCCUACCAUCUUUGGGCCCACCUGGCUGCUGAGCCGUGCCCAGGUCAGCCGGGGUGGGGUGGGAGGCCCUUACCUUACCCCUCACCCUGAUAGGCGGAUGGAGCCACGCCUGGGGGUAGCUGGCAGGGGCAGCUGGCUGAGGCCUGCGGUUUCUGUGGAGGGAAGGGACAGCCCUUCUGUGGACACCAUGCCUGGUUACAGCUCCUGCCCCUCCUGUCCCUCUAAAGCAAUAAUGGUCCCCAUCCAGACAGUAGGGAGGCUGGCCUAGGAGGGAUCUACAGGAGGUGGCCACUUCUUCAAGGGCUUUUGGAACCCUGACACUGUCCUCAGAAGUGGCAAUCACAGGAAGGGACCAAGGCAGGCAGGUGCUUCCAGAUGUGCACCGGUGUGGGGGGGCAGGUGUCCCAUCCCUCUGCCUGCCUCUGAUGGGCCCGGCCACACCAGGCAGGCCUGAGAUGGUGUCCCGACUACCCUGUCCUCUCCAGCACCCUCCCCUCCAGGGCCCAAGCCCCUGUUUUCUGAGCCCCGGGUGCCUGGGCUGUUGGCACUCACAGUCCCAGAGCCCCUGGGUGGGUGGUGGGCAGGGACGGUGGCCAGGCCGGCCUCUCCCGCCUCCCACCCGAUGCUGCUUUCCCCUGUGGGGAUCUCAGGAGCUGUUUGAGGAUAUAUUUUCACUUUGUGAUGAUUUCACUUUAGAUGCUGAUGAAUUUUUUUUUUUUUUUUUGUAUUUGUAAGGGGGUAGCAGCUGGACCACUCACCCCCACUGUCCACCCUGCUGUCCCCUGGCUGCCUGGCCCUGAGGCAGAGGGGCUACAGUGUGCUGCUGAGGCGUGAGGAGUAGCUGAGUCCCGUGUCCUGCAGGGCCAGGCCAGCAGGGUGGGCUCCAGGAAAGGGGGUCAAGGCAGGAGGGGCAGGCGGACAUCUGUUUGACAGGGCUUGUAGGUCACCAGUCUUCAAGUCCAGGGAUGGCACCAAGCCCCCUCCAACACUGUGCCCUGACAGAGCACUGACCUGCCGUGCCCCCCAAACCCCUCUUCUGAUGUGCCUUUUGCACCCCUCCCAUUAGGACAAUCAGUCCCCUCUCCCCCAGGAGCCCCCUUUUCUUUUUCUCCCCAGUCCUUUGGGGUCCCUGGCCACCUGUCCAUGGUGUCCCCUCUUCCAUACCCUUUCCGUGGCCAGCCUGGCUGUUUUUGUAAGAUACUGGGUUGGUGCACAGUGAUUUUUUUUUUUCCUUGUAAUUUAAACAGGCCCGGCAUUGUUGGUUCUAUUUAAUGGACACGAGAUAAUGUUAGAGGUUUUAAAGUGAUUAAACGUGCAGACUAUGCAAACCAGG